AUGAGUGAUGUUGCGAUUGUGAAGGCCUCUGUUAACAUUCGAAUUCCAUGCAAGAAGGCUGGCACCCUCAGAAGCGAGCACUUCAUAUCAUGCGAACAAUUUUUCCCUGGCUUCUCUAGUCAGAAUCGAAUUACUGCGAAGAUUGUGAAGAUUGAUGACGAAGAUGAAGAGGGUGGAUCAGGAGGAGUGAGGAGAUGGGGAGGCGGAGAAAUCCGAGAAGACGAGCCAGAACGCAAGGCGCGAGAGAAUCCUCCACAGUGUUGGGUUCUGUGGAAAAAGAAGUCAAACUCGGGAACUCAAAAUCUCGUGAAAAUUACGAUCCUCAACACAGACCCCUCCUUCGAUGAAGAUCCAGCGAGCCGGCCUGCCCCAACGGCAGUCGGCAUUGCAGGCAACGUAUUUUCCUUCAUCAUGUUCUUCUCGCCAUUACCCACGUUCUGGACCAUCAUCAAACGGAGAGAAACAGGGCAAUUCUCGGUGGUGCCGUAUGUCGCCACUUUGCUCAACUGCCUCAUGUGGUUGUUCUACGGAACUUCAUCUGUGGCUGGGCUCAUGUUGGUGUUGACCAUCAACGCUGCAGGAGUGGUGAUUGAAUCCAUUUACAUCAUCAUCCACGUUUUAUUUGGUGAUUUUGAAAGUCGGAAAAGAACAGGAUGUUACUUUUUGGGAAUAAUGGUGUUAUACACCAUUGUCCUUUGUUGUGUGACUCAAGCGGUAGAGGUGAAUGACCGGGUUACCGUUGUGGGUGCCAUUUGUGUGGUUAUUGGGAGUAUCAUGUACUCUGCUCCCAUGACAGUCAUUGCCCAAGUGAUAAGAGAUAAAAACGUGGCAAACAUGCCGUUAUUUUUGUCUGCUUCAUCCUUGAUCAACAGCGUUGUGUGGACAACUUAUGGCAUCCUAGUCGAAGACGUUUUUGUAAUUAUUCCCAACGGAAUGGGCGUGUGUGUGUGCGCGAUACAAUGUCUGGUCUACUUUUACAUUUCCUUGGUGGCAGCCAAAAGGGGCGCUUCAUCGCCUCCUACAGUUUGAGAGGAUCCCUGGCCUCCAGUGUUAAUUAUCACCGAUCCUUCGGCUUUUCUAAAUGUAGGUGAUGUGAGAACAUGCGUGAGCUGCGAUUAAAUGCUGUAUUCCAGCUCGAACUUAUCUAUACAACUGAUUGUUUGGGGAGUGAGAGAACAAGAUUGUGAUGUAUAACACCAAUGUGUUCACAGAACUGAUAAUCCUUUUAAAAGCUCAUCUUUCAAGUGCUUCAAGAGGGGCGUAGAAUGUUGGGAGUUAAUUUGUGGUAGAGGAUUUGAGAGCCGCUUAGAUAGUCCAGUUGCAGCACAGAGCAUGAAUGUGAAUUUUCGAGUUACUCCGACACAAUGGAUGAGCCAUGACUAAUCAUAGAAAGGAAAAGGGAGAGAGUUUUUCAAUGCAUGACAGCGUAUAGACAAAUAUCAAGGGCUUUUCGAGGCAUUUAAUUGCCUACUCAGUGCACGACAUAGGGCUUGGCAAGGCCUGCAAGGUCGCAAUUAAUCCAAAACUGAGUCACUUCUGAAUGCUCCAACAAACAAAAAAUAAAAAAUAAAUCGCUUGAAUUAUUAAAUUCA